AUGAAGACUGCCUCAUUCCUCCUUGCCGCCUCAAUGGCCGGCGGUGUGGUUGCGCAGAAACUGUCGGAUUACUUUCCGGAAUGCUCCCUGAACUGUCUUGAGCAGGGAACCACCUCUGCUACUGACUGCUCUCUGGGCGAUGCAGUCUGCUUCUGCGUGCAGAGCAACUACGAGGCCAUCUACAACGCAGAGCUUUCCUGCGUGCUCAAGGACUGCGGCGCCGAUGUCUCCGUCGACAAAGUGCUCCCUGCUGCCAUUCAGUUUUGCUCUGCCGCCACUGAGUCUGCUUCUGCCACUGCUGCUGCACCGACCGAGUCUACAUCUGCCACCUCCGCCGACACGACUACGACGACAUCGCCUGCCGCUUCUUCUUCUUCUUCUUCUUCUUCUUCUUCUUCGUCCGAAGCAUCUGAGACUUCAGCUCCGCAAACGACAUCUUCUUCUGCUCGCUCAACUGCGGCUCCUCAAACCACUGCUACAAGCUCGACUCCGGUCGCAUCUGGACGUCCCGUAACGACCGCCACCACGACUUCGUUUAGCACCGCUGCCGCUGCUGCUGCCGGGCCAAUGGUGACUGCUGCCGUGCUCAUUGCCGGUGCCGUUGCCAUGUUGUAA